CACGGCCCGAGAGUGCGCCGGGCAAAGCCUUCCGGCGGGGAGAGGCGGCGGGGCCGGGCCGGGCCGGGCCGGCGGGGACAGCGCGGGAGGCGCCAUGGCGCUGCCCGGUGGAAAUAAGGAUAACAUCAGAGCUGGAUGCAAGAAAUGUGGCUACCCUGGUCAUCUGACAUUUGAAUGCCGAAACUUCCUCCGAGUGGAUCCUCAAAGGGAUAUCGUUUUAGAUGUUAGCAGCACUAGCAGUGAAGACAGUGAGGAAGAAGAACUACAGAGAUUGCAAGCCAUGCGUGAAAAAAAGAAUUUAAAUGAGGAGGAGGAAAAAAAGAAACAAAAAAGAAAAAGCAAAGAAAAACCAAAAUUAAAGAGACCAAGGAAAAGGUCUUCCUCAUCAAGUGCUGCUGACGAGGAUAGUCCAAAGCCGAAAAAACAAAAAUCACACAAGAAGGAAAGGAAAAAGGAGAAGAAGAAUAAAUCUAAAAAAGGAAAACAUCAUAAAAAGGAAAAGAAGAAGAAACACAAGGAAAAAAGUUCAUCUUCUGACAGUUCAGACAGUUCUAGUAGUGACUAAUGUGCUGGCCUAUUUUUGCUGUCACUUCUGAAGUGGGAUAAUUUUCCUGUUAAGUCUAAACUAUUUAUGCUUUGCAAUGCUGUUGUUUUAAAAUUAUGUAUAUUUUUUUGAAGAAAUCUAUUUGGAAAUGUUAGUGCUUCAAAUAAUUAAAUGAAACAUUUUUUUAAAAUAUCCUCUUCUAUUCCCAGUUUAUUAGAAUUCAACCAUGCAAGUUGAACUAGUUUUUCAACUUAGUUCAGUUGUGAUUGGUUGUGUUUUUAAUCCUUUACAUUAGGAUGUAGCAGACUUCAGUUUGCAAGUCUUUGCGUCAGAAGAUUUGGAUGUAAAUAUGCUUAAUGUUGGAAUGGUUAAAUCAAAUUUAGAAAUAUUUGAAUGAUUUUUUAAAAUUCCUUUGAUGUAUAUGUUUUGCAUAACAUUUUCUAUUUACACAUACUGAUUGGUAAGUGCAAAUAUGAAAUAGCAUUCAGGUGCAGAAGUGGAGAAGGAAGGGGCAAUGAGAAACUAAAAGUCUGCUCCUUCAAAAUAACCUGAAAUCGAUCUGCUAAUAGAUUUUUGAAACGUGUGAUUACAACUUUUUUUUUUGGCAAGAUCCCUGUGAGCAAAUUGAAAACAAACAAAAGUAAGCAACUAUCAAUUUUGAAGUCCUUUCCUUCUGCCUAGGUUCUGUUCUUUUGCAAUUGCAGCCACUUCAUCUAUAUGAGAUAGAUUAUGAAAUACCAUUUCUUAACAGUAGAUGACCAUCCAGCAAGAUUAUUUACAAAAUUCUUAGUACUAAAUUAAGACAGUAUGCAGUUGUUGAUAACUGCAUGAAUCUAAACAGCAAAUUUGAAGACUAAAUGAAAAACCUUGAAGUCUCUUUUCAUUCUAAUAAAACUCCCAUAUUUCUCUUGUGGGAGGUGAGCAUCUAUCAUGUUGAAGUUUGUAACAGCUUACCAUUUGCUGUCAGUAGUCUUUAAGCAUGUCAAAAUUUCACGAUUAGAUACUUUGGUGUCCAAUUCAUACCUUGUACCCCAGUAGCAUACAGCUGGUAGCACUGUAGCACUUCCAUCGCAAUUAGGCAUAUAGCUGGUAAGUCUCACGGGGAUCAAGAGAUGAGGAAGAGCAACAUUUAAGCUUUCUUAACAAUGAUAUCCCUUGCCUCUAGAUCUAACUCCCUCCCUCAAACUUGUAUGUCCCAGAUGAGUAUUCUUUAUCAUUGGCAAUUUUUGAACAGCUCCACUUGCACUCUAGGUGCUGUGGUAGGGAACAUUAAAGACAAAAUACUCAUGGAAGCCACAGAAGAACAAAGCAAAAUAACUGCUAACCUCCUCCAUUGAUAUAUCAGAGGAUGGCAAGAGUGCUUGCAUCUGCUCUUUUCUUACUGGUUUUGGUCUGGUCUCUAACUUUCAUUCAUACAUCAUGCCUUCUGGGAUAAUAUACCUAAAGAAAGACUAGACUCUUUCAUAAGUUAAUGACUUUACAUAAGAUUAAAAAGCAUAGUGUAAGGAACAUUUUUUUAAAAUAAGUAAUAAUGUAAAGGCUUCAGCCACCGUGUUCACUCUUGUCUUAGUGCUGCUGUAACUUAAUAGAGCCUAUUUUUAAUCAGGUCAGUUCUCUAAGUCAGUCAUUCUGUGGAGGGCAAUGGGAGUUUUGGGCUACUUAAGCCAGUACCGUUAACAAAGGAAAUGCUUAAUUAAGACACAACUCUUCUACUUCUACCCCUCCGCCUCCCCACCCCCCCCCCCCCAAAAAAAAAAAAUU